CGGCUCUAUUCGCCUUCAGAAUGCUUUUUUUUUUUUCAACAUUCUGAACGUCGAAAGAAUUCACGUUCUUCUGAAAUAUGAACACAGAAACACUGGACAUUUUGAAUUCUUAUUAUGGUGGCGGUUUGACAAAAUUACAAUCAUGGUCCUGAAUUCGACUCACAUUUUUCGGGUCCCUGACCACUCUACCCCCCUCCCAGUCUCGGUCUUGACUCUGUCUCGCCCUCCUCCGGUCUUGAAUCGGUCUCGCUUUAGGUAGUCUCGAACUCAACACUGAGUCUUUUAAUGACAACUAGUACAAAACAUAUCCAUAAUUGUGCACAUUUUCCAUCAUUUUCGAUCUAAUUAUUCAAUUUCAAAGUAAACAGGAUGGGACUCUUAUCCUAAAGCAUUCCAAAAAUCUGUAACCCGGAUGUACUUAGACUUCUUGCCUGCCUCACAGCGGUCAACAAAGCUAUUCUUUCAACCACCUCAGUAGCUUGCUAGCCAACGUUAAACCGAAACAUUGACGGUCAUUUUUGGGAACAUUAGCUAAUCUUAGUGUUUUAAACACACGUCUGUUUACGUAUCUACUGGAUAAGUUUAACCCAAUUUGCUUAAUAUAUUUGCAAACCUGUUAAGAUUGAUACUGAGCCUAGCACUCGGAUAGUAGCUAAUGCUAGCUAGCUAAUAUCCCUGACCAUGAGCUCAUUAAAUUACUCCCCCCCUGCUAAAGAAGAGGAGGUCUGUUGCACUGAGACCGAAGCUCUGGGGAUGAACAUUGUCGUGAAAGAAGAAGAUGAGGGUGUUACAGUGAAGGGAGAGAAAGACGCUUUCAGAAUUAAAAAGGAGGAAGAAGAGGAUAUUACAGUGAAAGAAGAAGAGAACGUUACAGUGAAAGAAGAGAAAGAACAUUUUGGGCCAGAAGAGGGGAUAGAGGCUGUCACAGUGGAAGAGGAGGAGGUAGAAGCUUUCAGAAUCAAAAAGGAGGAAGAGGAAGAUAUCACAUUGAAAGAAGAGGAGGAGGAUGUUAGAGUGAAAGAAGAGAAAGAACCUUUUGGAAUGAAAGAGGAAGAGGGGAUAGAGGCUGUCACAGUGGAAGAGGAGGAGGUAGAAGCUUUCAGAAUCAAAAAGGAGGAAGAGGAGGCUAUCACAUUGAAAGAAGAUGAGGAGGAUGUUACAGUGAAAGAACCUUUUAGAGUGAAAGAGGAAGAGGAGGCUAUCUCAAUAAAAGAGGAGGAGGAAGACAUUUUGGGAGUGAAAGAGGAUGGUGAGGAAGAAGGAGAGGAGGAGGAGGAGACAGAAGAUCUGAUUAACACCAGAGAGAGACCAGACUCGCAUUCUGAAAGCGGGACGAGUCCUUCAGAAGAACCAGACCCAGAGACAUCCAAACCAGCAAGAGCACACCACUGCUCCCAGUGUGGAAAGAGAUUUAUCCGGUUAGGGCACCUGAAAGAACAUAUGAAAACACAUACAGGGGAGAAGCCUUAUCACUGCUCCCAGUGUGGAAAGGGUUUUGGACAGUCAGGGCAUCUAAAAGUGCAUGAAAGAAGACACACUGGAGAGAAGCCAUAUCAAUGCUCCCAGUGUGAAAAGAAAUGUUUCUCACCAGGUGACCUGAAGUCACAUGAGAGAACACACACACAGUCUUUAGAGAGGCAUUUCCAAUGCUCUCAGUGUGGAAAGAGAUUUAUCCAGUCAUCGCAUCUGAAAGAGCAUGAAAGAAUACACACAGGAGAGAAGCCUUUCCAAUGCUCUCAGUGUGGAAAGGGUUUUAGAUACUCAGGGCAUUUAAAAGUGCAUGAAAGAACACACACUGGAGAGAAGCCGUAUCAAUGCUCCCAGUGUCAAAAGGGUUUUUUCUCACCAGGGGACCUGAAAAAACAUGAGAGAACACAUUUAGUAGAGAGGCCUUUCCAAUGCUCUCAGUGUGGAAAGAGAUUUAUGCAGUCAACACAUCUGAAAAAACACAAGAGAAUACACACAGGCGAACAACCAUUCCAAUGCUCUCAUUGUGGAAAAAGUUUUACCCGUUUAGGAAACUUGAAAACGCAUGAGAUGACACACACAGGAGAGAAGCCUUUCCACUGCUCCUUCUGUGGAAAACGUUUUACCCAUUUAGGGAACCUGAAAAUGCAUGAGAUGACACACACAGGAAAUAAGCCUUUUCACUGUUCCCAGUGUGGAAAGGGUUUUGGACACUCAGGGCAUCUAAAAGUGCAUGAAAGAACACACACUGGAGAGAAGCCAUAUCAAUGCUCCCAAUGUGAAAGUAAAUUUUUCUCUUCAGGGGACCUGAAAUCACAUGAGAGAACACACACUGUAGAGAGGCCUUUCCAGUGCUCUCAGUGUGGAAAGAGUUUUACCCGGUUAGGGAAUCUGAAUAUGCAUUUGAGAACACACACAGGGGAGAAGCCAUAUCACUGCUCAGACUGUGGAAAGAGAUUUAUCCAGCUAGGGGACCUGAAAUCACAUGAGCGGACACACACAGGAGAUAAGCCUUUCCAAUGCUCUCAGUGUGGAAAAAGUUUUGCCUGGUUAGGGAACUUGAAAAUGCAUGAGAGAAUACACACAGGAGAGAAGCCUUUCCACUGCUCCUUGUGCGGAAAGAGUUUUACCUUUUUAGGGACACUGAAAAAGCAUGAGAUGACACACACAGGAGAGAAGCCUUUCCAAUGCUCCCAAUGUGGAAAGAGUUUUACCCAGUUAGUGAACCUGAAAAGGCAUGACGCAACACACACAGGAUAGAAUCCUUUCCAAUGUUCUCAGUGUGGAAAAACAUUUUCUCGGUCAGAGGACAUGAAAUCACAUAAGAGAAUAGAGGCUGUGUUCUGACUUAUAAUUUUGACAAACUUUUUGUGCUUUGGUUUAUGCCACAUUAAAUAAAAUUGUAUGUAAGAAAAAGGAUAGCCUUACUUUUUUUCUUAGUUAAUUUCUUUCUCAAAACAUGUUCACAUCUAAAAUUAGAAUAUAUUUUGCAUGUAUUUGAUUUUGAUUAUGAAUUUUGAUUGAUUGUACCCUUAGUGUUCAUUAUAUGUUUUGGAUAUUGUUAUUUAAAAAUGUAAUUAAUCAUUAAUGUGCUUUUCUUGAUUCUGACCUUUAACCUCUUGAAUUUAGUCAUUGUGUUUUCAUCGAGUUCAUUUGUGUAGUAGUUAUCAAGCUAAAGGUGAUAAUUAGAUGACAUUGUUCUGAUAAUUGUUGACAUGAAAAAACAUUUACUACCUCAGUGUCCAUCAGUACUGUUCCAUCAGAUAAAACACAGGUGCUGAUUUGUAAAAAUGAUUUGACUAUUUCAACAUUUAUCUGAAUAAAAGUAAAAGGGAUAUUUUUUUAA